CUCCUCCUCUCCUCCCCCCGUUAGCUAACAGGCUAUGCUAGCAUCUCUCCUCAGUGUAAUUAGUUGAGACGCACCGGCUCCAUACACAUUACGGUGCUGUUGGGACUGAUCUCCUAAAACUCACGCACAGAUACCGCGCACACCGCAGGGACACACGGUACAGCAUCCAGUUAUCAAACAACUGAAGAUGAUUAAGCUCUUUUCCCUGAAGCAGCAGAAGAAAGACGAGGAAUCUGCUGGAGGAAACAGAACAGGAGCCGGGGGUAAAAAAGCCAGCGCGGCCCAGCUCCGAAUACAGAAAGACAUCAAUGAGUUGAACCUGCCAAAGACAUGUGAGAUCAACUUCCCUGAUGACGACGACCUCCUCAACUUCAGGCUCAUCAUCUCACCGGACGAGGGUUUUUACAAAGGAGGAAAGUUUGUCUUCAGCUUUAAGGUAGGUCAGGGUUAUCCCCACGACCCCCCCAAGGUAAAGUGUGAGACGAUGGUGUAUCACCCCAACAUCGACCUGGAAGGAAACGUCUGCCUAAAUAUCUUAAGAGAGGACUGGAAGCCUGUGCUGACGAUAAACUCCAUCAUCUACGGUCUACAGUAUCUAUUUCUAGAGCCUAACCCAGAGGAUCCAUUGAACAAGGAGGCAGCAGAGGUCCUCCAGACAAACCGGCGGCUCUUUGAGCAGAACGUCCAUCGCUCCCUGAGGGGCGGCUAUGUGGGCGCCACCUACUUCGAGAGGUGUCUGAAAUAACUCAGCGUCCCGUGAUCCUCCCCCUUCACUCCUCCCCCUCUGCCUCACCCCUCCUCACUCUUCUACUCCUCAGCCCUGCUCUAUGGCAGUAGCAGGAGCUGUGGUGACAGAAAGCAGCACGCCAGAAGACCCUUUUCUGUUUUAAAACAAAAGACGAAGAAAAACCCGCCCUCCCUUCUUCCACCUCCUCCCCCUCCUCCCUUUCUCAGUUUUACUACCAAAAUGCAGCAUUCAACCGAUUACACGCCACAGGGGGACGCCAGCACACAGCACACAUCUAAGUGGACUCAAAGAUGGCCGACAGCAAGUGGCAGCUGAGGAGGAGGGGGAGGCUGUAGGACUGAAAGAUGGAGGAAGGGGGAAGGCAGGUGUGGGUGGUCCGCUAAUGUUACUCUGGUGAGGCGAUGAUUCAGUGAACGCCACAGUGCUGAUGAUGAUGAUGAUCUCCACGUGAGUUUUUUAUUUUUUUUUUGCGUGUGGUACAGACACCUGGACUCAAACAGGUGGCCAGAAGGACACGCCCCCCUCGUUGUUGUCUGCUUGUUACACAUUAAUCGGCAGUAAACUCCAAACUUAGGGCAUUCUUGUCAAACAACUGUUCUCCCGUAUUUCUGUGCAGUGCCUCUAAGGAGUAGGAGGGGCUUGUGGAGUGGGAGGGGUUUAAAAUCGCAACAAGCACCAACGAGCCUUAGAAUGGUUCCUCAAAACAGGAGUUACCUUAAGGCAUUAUAUUUCCAACCUGUGAUAAACCCACAGCUAUAGAUGUAGUGGUGUUCAAGCUGUGGGGAGUGGUCACUUCAAAGGCUCGGGUUUCUCUGUUGGAGUGGGCGGAGCUUGUUAGUCACAAUAUUAUUGGGUGUGCUUUGAAGCUCCUUAAAGCAGAACAGCAACAUAGUUUUCAUCCAGCAAUGACGCCACAGUUAGUCAUAUGUCACGGCUGAUCAGCUCCAGGUGUGACAGGUGGCAGCAAAGGAGAAAGUGGAGGUUUUUGCCAUUCAGCUGAUGAAAUUGUGGUGAACUUUGCUGAAACAGCAUUCGUAUUUACUUCAGUCUUGUCGACUUAGCCACAAGAACACACCCAGAGUGAUUAGUUUGGAGUUUGCUGCUAAAAAAAACACAGUAUCAGGGCGGAGUUUGUUAGGUGGGCAGGGCUGUUGUGUGGGUGGGGGAUCAGUGUGUUUAAAGUAGCAGAGGGUCGUGAGGUUUAUGGGGACAGGAGGGACAUUUGUUUUCAUUUGUGGGGAUGGGGUGGGUCGUUGUGGGCGGGGUCACAGAGGGGAAGGACGUAAAUGUUACGAUUCUAUUGUGUAUAUUGAAACCCCAGCUGUUCACAUUGACUGCAAUAUGAUUUA